CUCAGAACUCCUGCUCGUCUGAAGAGAGAAAAAUACAGAAAGCAAGAAUGAAAGACUGAGAGUUAGAGAUAUAACGUGAAAGAAAGAGAGAGAGAGAGAGAGAGUGAGAGAGGAAGAUAGAUAGAUAGAUAGAUAGAUAGAUAGAUAGAUAGAUAGAUAGAUAGAUAGAUAGAUAGAUAGGGAGAGAGAGAGAGAGAGAGAAAGAGAGAGAGAGAGCAACAAAGAGAGCAACAGAAGCAAAGACACAGAGGGGUGGAGCAGCUGGAUCUGGAAGCAGAAAGCUUUUCCCAACAAGUUCAGGCAGCACACACACACACACACACACACAAGGAACAUAGUGUCUUGGUGAACGGUUGCAGACGUGAACAUGGGUGAAGACGAGGUGCAGGUGGAGAAGAGCAACAUGGAGACGGAACACGAGAGUCAGGAGCUGCUGGUGCCAUCUGACCCCCAGCCGCCUCACGGCGACCCGUCUCACGGCGACCCGUCUCACCUCCUGCAGCUGGGUGAGAGCCAUGAGGUGAACGCCAUCACGGUGCUGACGCUGCUAGACCAGCUGGUGAAGAUGCUGGAUUCGGUGCAGGAGAAGCAGCAGCACAUGGAGGAUUGGCAGCGUGUGAUGGAGGAAUCGGUGCGUCACAUCCAGAACGACAUGAACAAGCUGGUGAAGAGCAACAGCGUGACCACCAACAGCGUGAGCAAGCUGCUGGAGAAGAACCGCAAGAUCAGCGCUGUCAUGAAGGACGUCAGGGAGAAGAUGGAGAGGCAGACGGCUCAGGUCAAGAAGCUGGAGGACAACCACAACUACCUGCUGCACAGAGACAACUUCAGAGUGCUCAUCUUCCAGGACGAGCACGAGAUUCCAUCCAGUGUGUUUGUGAAGGAUUCCAUUCGUGAAGCUGAAAAUGAAUCCCUCUCCCCUGAUGCUAACCGCUCCCAGGAGGAAGGUGAGCUUCACACCGUCCAGCUUUCUUCAGACGAGGAUCUUGACGAAGAGCAGGAGGAUGAGGAAGAGUUUGUGGAGGCGCUGGAGCCGCUUGAGAAGUCUCGCGCCGAGAAGAUCAAACGCUCCAGUCUAAAGAAGGUGGACAGUCUGAAGAAGGCCUUCUCCCGGGAGAACUUUGAGAAGAAGAUGAACAAGAUGGUGGAGAAACGUGAGAAGAUCAAGAAGAGUCUGAGUCAGAAGAACAAGGGCGGUUCUUUUAAGAUCUUCCACAUUAAGAAGAAUCGAGAAGGAGGUGAAGAACACACCGAGCAGGAGACCUUCGGUGAGAUCCACGCUGACCUCUCUCCAGCUCAGGAGGAAGACACCGAGCCCGAGGAACUGGCCAAGGAGAAGAUGGGAGGGGCCAAGGAGAAAGAGGACGAGGAGGAAGUGGAGAAGGAGGAAGUAGAAGUGGAGAAGGAGGAAGUCUCACUGGAUGAUAGCGCUGAGAACGAGCUGUCCAUCACAGAGGGGCUCAGGGCUGAGUACACGCUCUCAGCCACUCUGCCUCAGGAAACUUCCCACAUAUCCCACAAUGCACUGCAUGGAGAGGAGGAGGAGGAAGAGGAAGAGCACAGAGAAAGAGAGGAAGAUGAUGAAGGUGAAGAAGAGAACGCUGCUGUAGGGAUAAGACCCUAAAGAUUUUUUUAUUCAGCUCCUCCUGCUGAUCUGAUCCUGAACCAAUGAUGUCGUGAUCAAGAGCAUUUCCAGAGCUAGAUGAAAUUCUAAUGUCAGUCAGAAACUCCUGGAAAAAGUUGAAUAUUUAGAGUGCAACAUUUUCACUUUUAUUAAACCUUAAACAUGAAACCUGCUGAUUAAACACCACCAGUUUAUAAAAAUACACCACAAUAUCAGAACACUAAUCUUUUUAAUCUCUGAUCUGUAUUCAUGUAACUCUCUAAACUUUACUGAAAUAUUAUUGAACUUUAAUCUCUUUUCUUCACACUUAAAGCUGUUAUAGUUGACACUGAUGAUACCAAAGAAAGUGAAGAUGAAUAACUUAUAACCUCCUCACUGUGCACAUGCCUCUUCCUGCUGCACCGCCUUUCAUUUUAUUCUGCAAUAAAGAAAUAAAGCUCCUGAACUUUCA